UCACGUGACAAAGGGGAAAUAGUCACUGCAGAGCCUGGAGUCUGUGUUUACACAAAAAGUGAGAAUUCACUCGGUAAACCUCAAACUGACGGUGAAACAUGCCGAAGCUCUUCAUACUUACCCUCAGCCUGUUACCAUGGAUCCCAGCUUUCCUCUGCAAGAUAAGAACUGACGGAGAACAUGAAGUCCUGGAGGGUGAAUCCCUCAUGAUCCCGUGUCAUUAUGAGCCUCAGUAUGCCGGCUAUGUAAAGUACUGGUGUCGGGGGAACAUGAGGGACUUCUGCACCAGCUUAGUUCGAUCAGAUGACACCCACCCGCCCAAUCCAGAUGAGGACAAAGUGAGCUUUUCUGACGACCCGGUCCAACAGGUGUUCACUGUGAGCAUGAAGAACCUGAAAGAAGCGGACUCUGGUUGGUACAUGUGUGGCGUGGAGAUAGGCAGUGUGUGGAGCCGUGACGUUAUCACUUCCAUUCACAUCAAGGUCGUUCAUGGUAUAUCAGUGGUGAACAGCCAUGUGAGUGGGGAAGAAGGGAGUAGUGUCACAGUUGAAUGCCUCUACAGUGAGAGAUACAGAGAAAGUGAGAAGAAGUGGUGUCGGAGUGGGAAUUGGACCUGUUUGCUGACAGGUACUGAAGGGAGCUACGAAGACACUUCAGUGACCAUCAGUGAUGACAGAACCAGGACUUUCACUGUAACCAUAAAGAAGCUGCAGUUGAAAGAUGCCGGCUGGUACUGGUGUUCUUCAGGACACCAGAAGACAUCUGUGUAUGUGCAGGUCACACCCCGACCCUCGACAACAACAGUGUCUAUGACAUCUCCACUAACACCAAGUCAGUCUGUUGAACACCUACCUCCACCCAAAUCCAUCACCAAGGAAUCUUGGAACAGUCACAGUCACAUCUUGGAGUCUUUGCUGGUGUGUGCUUCUUUAAUGCUUCUCGUGGGGAUGGUCAUAUUGGCGAUAAAGUUGUGGAAACAGCGCAGUCCGCGAUACCCAUUUCUGGAGCAGGAUCCUGUGCUGAGACAAGUAAGGGAGGAGAAUGCACGGAUCAGCUACUCGGGGGAUAUAGAGGACCUGGAAAACGUUGCUGUCAUUUUUCCAAACAAGGGUUCCCAGGGCGUACGUUUGCACUGAGCUUAAUCAUUGCAGUGUUUUUUGUUUUCUGCUUGCUGCUUUCCAUAUUCAGCCAGUAUAGGCUGAAGAUCUUAAAGAGUAUACCCCUGUUAGACGAAUUUACCAAAUUAUAAUCAUGUGGUCUUCUUUUUAAUUUGGCCAGAAGCAGCGCUGUAACCACUAAAGUACACUGAGGUUGUCUUUAACAUGUCCUCUAUAUUGCUUGCAGGAAUUUGGGGGAUUUUAGUGACCUGGCAGAGUUUAUAUUCAUUUAAGAACUUACUCAUAGCAUUUUAAAUUAAGAAUUAAAAUUUAUUAAUAUUUUCAAUUUUAUUCUAUUUAUUUUCUAAAUAAAAUCAUAUUUGAUUUUAUUAUUUUUUAUUAUAGCUUUUUAUUGAAAUGAGAAAAUAAAAUUGUAUCCCUUUAUUUUACAGGUCCUUUAUCAACUGAUCAUUUUCAAUGAUCAUUGAAGUAAAAAACUAAUUUGUACCAAUCCAGUUUGCUUUUGUUGUUUGAGUUAAACUUGCAAUAACAUUAUUUUUUUGGUCACUUGGGGGGGGCAGCAGAAACAAGCAGACAAGUAACCCAUCACCUUUUUAGGUAAUAUAGAAUCAGAUAUAGAGUAACAUUAGCAUUCAUUCGUGUGUUCAUUAGUCGUGUUUGUGCCCCCCUGAUGAAUGUAAGUCUGAUAUUGUCCACUUAGGGAAAUAUUGGCCUCUUAACUUGAUAAAUGCACUAAGACAUUUAUUAACAAGUUGUUAACUGUGUUGGUCUGUUGUUUGAUUCUGAUUCUGGUAGCUUGGAGUUUUUUUUUAGUUUUUAUUUGGAGCUUCUCUGCAGUGAGCAGCUGUCUGUUGUAGCCAGAACCAAAGUCAAGAGAGCAGUAAGGGUCAACCAACGCAAUAAGUAAAAAGACACUAUCAGUAUCAUGUACUUUUUUUCAGAUAUUUUUUUGAAAGAAAAUUUUCCAUUUUAAUACAAUAAGCAGAAAAUAUAAUAUGUGAGGAAUCUGUGGGGGUGUUGGGGGCAUAGACUCAUGAUCUCAGUAUCUGAAAUCCUGGCUACGGCCCUGCUCAGAACUCCACAGAAUGUAAUGAAUGUAUUUUAAUUAUACAGUUAGCACCAGUCAUACUACUCAGACUGCUGUUGGUUGCAUCUAACAACAAAGAAACAAAUCUGGUGUGAAUGAAUAAGAAGAUGGUAAAUAGUACAUGGAAAGCCCAUGGGACUGACAGAAGCACAUUUUCAGUUUUUGCUGCUAUUUUAGCAGAACUUGCCUGCAGUGUUUAUUUCAUAAUAAGAUAACAAGAUGGCUAAUUAAGGACAUUUAGGCAUGGAUAUAAUACGUUUGACCCAAAACCUGUGGAAACAAAAUUAAACACGAACACUGUUAUGAGUCAUAUACUUACUUUAAGAAAGAAGUGAGCAAAUGAAGACAGAAACCAUUAGAAGGAGUUCAUAAAUGAAGCCUGAAAGAGAACAGCUCUACGUUUCAUGCCUGAACUGUCUGCUCUCAUGCUGAAUCUCAAACAACGUGUUAGAAUUGUAAAUUGAACAAGCUAAUGAAACGACCAAAGCAGCUGUGGAACCAACUAGAGCUUGGAACUCCGAGUAAUAACUUUGCCAUACCUUCAUGUGACGGAAAGUCAUUUUCUUGUUUGUGAAUUUGGAAAAAAAAUAAAAUUCAGCGUUGCUUUGUGGCACCAUGAAGCUUU